AGUUUUAUAAAAUACACAGGAAGAUGGAGGACUACAACCCGCUGUUGAUUUUAUUGUUUGUGUGUUUGGCGUCAUGUAAUGCACAAUCCUAUCCGCCCACCAAUGUUAAAGCUGUGUACGUGGCUGAUGGUACCAUCAGGGUUACCUGGGAUCCUCCCACCACACCGGGGAGAAGUGAUGGGUAUUCCGUCCGAAUCCAGGAGACAGGUGAAUAUGGCCAUGUCUCAGCUGAUCACCGUGUGUACCAGUUCAACAAUACCAGACCGGCUACAACAUACACGUUAAGGGUGGCCACAAUUAUAUCAGAUAGAGUCACAGGUCCAUCUCAGACCACCAUCACCACUCCAACUGCCAUAUAUCGACAAAGAGGUACAGGGGCAAGAUUGACUCUUCCAAAGCCUCCUGGUGGUAUAUCAACCAUUCGGUUGAAUAGUCAAACACUUUUCACUUUCAUCGACAAUGAUAACAUUGGUGGUAACAAUAGAAUUGAGUAUGGUGCAACAGUCAGAGUGACGUCAACAAAAACAGAACUGACCUUUGAUCGCCUGAAAACAGAGCAUGCUGGGUACUACUACACCAUACAACAGAGUGGAUAUAUAAUCCUUGGAGGGCAAAUGUUAGUAGUAACUGACACACCCACUCGGCCAAAAAUUACCUCUUCAAAUGCUUCGCCUGUUCUCAACACAUCAGUGAGAUUGGUAUGCUCUUCAGCUUCUCGAAGUCAACCGGACAAUCAUGGAUUGGUUUUAACAGCCACCUGGAAAUUGAAUGGUAGUGCAUUAAACCAUGCCAGAUUCUCAGUCAAAGGUUUAAGUCUCACUAUCAAUGCCGUACGAUUCACAGACAAAUAUGAUGUCUACGCAUGUGUGGCUAGCGAGAAAGGACAGGGAGUAAGUGGAUUGUCCUCAGGGGAAAGUGAAGAGGUCAAGCUAACACCACGCUAUGGACCGCAGUUUGUUACGAUAGAGAACAAUGAGGAUAAAUCUCCAGGGAUCAGUGGAAAUGCCUACGGUCCUGUGUCCUGUAGAACCGACUGCAACCCUUUUUGUUUAAUGGAGUGGCGGAGACAAGGCAUACCAUUCAUUCAAUCACAUGGGGAUCCCAGUAAUGAACUGGAGUUGAGGGACCCCUCACUCCCGAGAGAAAGGGAGGUAACUUAUACUUGUCAAGUAGAAGUGGCAUCAUCUGCAGGUUUUACUGCACCGACACUAGAAAAUAGCACAACAGUUAUUGUUUAUUAUGGACCACAGUUUGUUACGAUAGAGAGCAAGGAGGAUAAAUCUCCAGUGAUCAGUGGAAAUGCCUACGGUCCUAUGUCCUGUAGAACCGACUGCAACCCUUUUUGUUUAUUGGAGUGGCGGAGACAAGGCAAACUAUUCAUUCAAUCACGUAGGGAUUCCGGUAAUGAACUGGAGUGGAUAGACCCCUUACUCCCGAGAGUAAGGGAGGUAACUUAUACUUGUCAAGUAAAAGUGGCAUCAUCUGCAGGUUUUACUGCACCGACACUAGAAAAUAGCACAACAGUUAUUGUUUAUUUCCCUCCCAAUAUCACGGAAUUGAAGUAUCGGAACGGUGUUGAUAACCAAUACAUGCAGUUUGGCAGUAGUGAAGUUAGAUACACAGAAGGGUCAAGCUUGGAACUCCGUGUUAAUGUUGACAGUAACCCACCGGCUGACGUCGACCUAUUACGUAACCAGACAAGACUCGCAGUCGGCGUAACUGUCAGUACUGGAAUAUAUGACAUCAAAUUAAAUAACCUCCAGUGCAACAAUACAGGAAGGUAUGACGUCAGAUCGGUUAACCUCGUUCCUCGGAAUAGAAGUAAUGUCAUCACCUCGGGGAGACAGUUUGAACUUCAAGUCAGUUGCGCCCCGAGAAGAUUUAAUACUAUGAAUAGCAUUAUCAGAGUGACAGGGAAAAAAGGUCAGACAGCUGUACUCAAUGUAACUGUGGUCGCUAACCCAAUGCCCACGAGUAAAUGGUCUGACGGUGUGAGAGCACUUGAUGUCGUACACAACAACGCGUAUACGUAUACUAUGAAAGGGGAGGUCAUAAUUACCACACAGUCAGACUUUCAGAGGUACCACCUGAAUGCCACCAAUACUUUACCGAAUGUGUUAACGGUCCACUUCCAGAUUAGCCCUGAAGGUGUACCCGAUAUACCGAUGGACUUCCGUGCCUCAAAAGUAAGUGACAACUACGUCAACGUCGUGUGGACAUCUGGGUUUAAUGGAGGUUUUUCUCAACACUUUAACAUAGACUUCAAGACUGUUGGGAGUGAAUGGUUACCAGUUAGCAGCGUGGAUAUUCCUGAUGCUGGUCAGGGGUUGCAGAUGACAUACCCAUUGUUUGACCUUACUCCUGCUACCGACUACGUCAUCAGAUUGAACGUGUCCACCAGACAUAGAUCAGGAAUGUCCACUGAGAUAAGGGUCAGAACUUUGGAGAUUCCGCAGAAGCCUAACACACAGUUAAACCUGACUAUCGGUUUAGGGAUAUGCGGUGUAGUUGUCCUGGUUUGUUUUGUGGUAAUCGCCGCCUUAGUCAUCAAACGGAGACAACGUCAACAAGAUCAAACUGAUGCCAACCUCAACCAAAACACCCAAGACAACACCACCAGCCUCGAACUCCAAAGCAGAGUAACCAUCCAUGGACGACGUAACAAUGGCGACGACGAGCAGGAGUAUGCUUAUGCCAUCGUUGACGAAGGCAUCCAAUCCCAUCACGAGGUCCAAACUCAGAAGCAGGAGCAUGCUUAUGCCAUCGUUGACGAAGGCAUCCAAUCCCAUCACGAGGUCCAAACUCAGAAGCAGGAGCAUGCUUAUGCCAUCGUUGACGAAGGCAUCCAAUCCCAUCACGAGGUCCAAACUCAGAGUAAAACUGAUGCCAAACUCAGCCAAAACACCCAAGGCAACACCACCAGCCUCGAACUCCAAAGCAGAGCUACCAUCCAGGGACGACGUAACAAUGGAGACGAAGGUGGUGCUAUUCACAAUGAUGAUAACAGCAAGCAUACUUAUUUGGAACUAAUUGGAGAUGAUAACAAUGCAUAUAUGGAGAUGAAACCACCCGAAGGUGAUGCUUCUCAAAAUGAUGAAACAGACAAAUACCUUGAUUUGGAACAAACUGGAGGUGGCGCUUCUCGAAAAGAUGAUAAAAACAAAUACAUUAAUUUAGAACAAACUGGAGGCCAGGAGCAUGUGUACGAGACGACUCAUCCUGAACACCGUGACGGUGGCGCAAUUGGUGGACGCAAAGGCAGGGCUAGGAAGGAUAAAAAACGAAGACAUACUCUUCAACAAUGACGUGAAGAAAGAGCCUCUUCUCAACGGAAGAAAGGGUGUCAUUUCCAGGACAAAUGAUAGAAUCAAAUUUGUCUUUGUUAACUUCCCACAGACUGCUUCUAACUGAAUCUAAAACGAUAAGGAAUGGCAAAGGAAAUGUCGAAGCGAAAAUAUAUUUACUCCAGUUAAUGUGUAUGCUAUCUCUGCGCAGUAGAAAUGCCAAUAUCUUGAGUUAUCUCCUAUCCAUUGGUCAGCACAGUUUACGAGAGAUAUUUUGGCUUUACAGUCAUCUCCCCUAUAUCAUAUAAUACAUUAUCUUCCUGUUUGUAAAUACAUGCUUGCGAUUUCUAAACACUUGUAUGGGAGUUCUUCUUCACUAAUUCCUGUAUCAGAUUUUUUAGAGUUCUCUUCCUUACUUUUACACUUGUAGCCCCUACUUAUACGCUUGUAACAUGGAUGCACUGUAUCCCAUUGUGUACGCCUGCAUCACAAGAUAUAUUCGUUAUUGUUAUAGAGAAAUUAUAUUGAGAGUGAUGUCUAUUUACUAUCAGAUGUUUUUAACUUAACGUAAUGUUCUUUGAGAUUGAUGUCUAUUUACUAUCAGGUGAUUUUAACUUAACGUAAUGUUCUUUGAGAUUGAUGUUUAUUACUAUUUUCAUUUGAACAUAAAAAUAAUGUAAAUUUAAACUUAUAAGAGGUGCUCGAAAUUUUAGAAUUUGAUUGUUAUCUUUUAAUCGUAUCUGAUGUAAUCAUUUGAUCAAUUGGUAAAACAAAACACUGAUCAUUUAACCACCCAUAAAAUGUUUGUUAACAAAUUAAUUUCGUAAACUCUCAGGUUGUUUUUUUUUGCGAUUGGCAGCCAUUUGGUGACGUUGAAUAAAUAUCAGAUAUCCACCUCAUGAAUUCACCUGUAUCAUAAUAGUCAGUGUCUAUAUACAUGUUUUAAAGAUAUCUUAUUAAAGCUAUUCAUCUUGUAAAUUGUUCAUACAACCAUCCAUCAGGUCAACCUGAACUUCUCGGUCAUCAAAUAUGCAUCAUAAUUCCUUUCUAAAUUUCUAGAGUUUUAUCCUAUAGUCACUCAUUGUCUCGCUGUCCUACACCAAAAACGGGUUGUUCAGUGUCUCAAGAUAAGGGUAAGACUCUUUAUCGCAUCAGUUAAAGUUCCGAGGUCAUUCAGCACAUCAAAGUUACUCUUUGUCCAAAAGUCGUGCAUAAUAUUCAGUUCAUUCAUCAAUUAAAAUUAAUGCAAUAUUUGAAGAUCUAAACUCUGCCAUCAUAUUAUAUUAAUACCUCUUAUAGCAAGGUCAUCAACACCCUAAGGUCAUAUAUCACAUCAACAUAAAUGAAUUAGUGCUUCAAUGACUGUAAAAUUUCGUAGGGUAUAUGAAAAAGGAAGGAGAUCUAACCAUGCGAUUUUAUGAUUGAAGUUUUAUUUUGUAUCGAAGUGUUUCCUUUUCCUUUGGAGCAUUGAUGACCACAUAAAUGUCAUUUUUGUUUCCUUCAGCUAUUUUCUCAUGUUUACUUGUGAGAAUUUUAAAUUUGCUCGAAUACGUGUAGGUGGUUUUGUUGCCAUUACCUCAGUUAUCCCUUUGAUAACGAGACAUUGUGUGGACUUAAUGUAGGUCAGUUUAUUCAAGGAUCGGGAAGGCUUUCACUUUUUGAAUUUGACCUAGUCAUACAUGGCGUAUUUUGUCGAUAAAGCAGAAAACGCUUUCCCUUCCGGAACACCAACUCCUAUCCCCCUUGUACAUUUUUCAAGAGUUCCCAUGUAUAUUAUAUAUAUAUUAUAUUUCAAUCCUUGCUUCAUCGAUUUUGUUUGCUAUUAAACGUUGCGUUUACACUUCGUUACUACCUUGACUUAAUCCAUCCAGAAUCUUUCUGGUAAGGUAUUAGCUAAUAUUUCACUUUGCAUUUAAUUUCAUAUAUAUUUGAUGGAAUUGUUUUGUUAAAUUACAUAUUUAAGAGAUUGUUGGUUUGUUUAUAUUUUUUCAGUUAACGUCAGAGCGAUUGUUAAGGACUUAUGGCGUAAAGGUGGCAGUACAAAAAUCGGAUCGGUACUCAAAUCGGAUCACUUUUUGCAAAAAUACUUAUAAAUAAAUAAAUGUGUCAGCAAAUCAGUUAUAACAAUGAUGAAAUCUUAGAAUAGAUAGCUAUGCACCAUUUUUUGUCUACAGAUAAUUAGUUUUUACGGUCAAGUAGCGCAAGAAAACGUAUUUCAAACUCAAAUGUCAAAGUUUUUAUUAGGUAUUUAAAACAUGGCUUGUGCGGCGACUAUGGUCUAUGUUUUGGACUAUAGGAAUAAACUCACACUAUAGAAAUACUUUUUGUCAUAUACAUUCAAAAAACUCAUAAGAUGUUAAUAUGCUGACAAAAAAAUAUUCAUUUGAAGCGUACGAUACUGCAAAAUUCAAGUCUUGAUCCGUUUUUGGUCCCGACAUUCGCAAAAGACCGGAAACGCUGAUUGAUGACUUCAGAGCGUUCUUUAAAAAUUUCAAGUGAGCCCCGGGUGCUUAUUUCGUUUGUAAGAACACCCAUCAAUAUUCUUUCGUUGAUACAACCAUCAAUGAAUAUAAUUCCUCCUCAGAUUUUUCAAUGAUUUAAAAAAAUUAUGGUUUGGUGAUCCGAUUUGGGUACUGUCACCUUAUGUGUUAUUUACAGCCUCUUAAAAAAAAAUUAAAAAAAAAAGAAUUUAUAUUUGUUCUGACAUUCAACAGUACAAUACAUCAUUUCCUGUAACACUUCCGGUAAGGUUUACCGUUAAACAGUACAACACUAUAUUUCAUGGAACACUCCCGGUAAGGUUGUGUCAUUGAACAGUUCAGCAUACGCUUUAUGUAACAUAAUUGGUAAGGUCCAAACAUUGAACAUUGCAACACAACAUUUCAUGGAACACUCCCGGUAAGGUUCUGACAUUGAACAGUACAACACUACAUUUCAUGUAACACUCCCGGUAAUGUUCUGAUAUUGAACAUUACAACACAACAUUUUAUGGAACACUCCCGGUAACUUUCUGACAUUGAACAGUUUAUCGCUACGAUUAAUGUAACAUUACCGGUAAGGUUCUGACAUUGAAAAGUAUAAAGUAUUUCAUGUUACACUAAUGGUAAGGUUCCCACACUAAACAGUACAAUAUAACAUUCCAUGGAACACUCCCGGUAAGGUUCUAACGUAGAACAUUAAAACACAACAUUCCAUGGAACACUCCUGGUACGUUUAUGAUAUCUAGCAGUACAACACAGAAUUUCAUGGAACACUCCCGGUAAGGUUACCACACUGAACAGUACAACACAACAUUUCGUGAAUCAUUCCCGGUAAGGUUUUGACAUUGAACAUUACAACACAACUUUUCACGGAACACUCCCGGGAACAUACCCAAACUGUGCAAUACAGCACUACACGUCCUGUUACACCACUGAUAAGGUUCCAACAUUGCAUAACAAAAUAAUAUGUCAUGGAACACUCCCGGUAAGGUUCCAACACUGAACAGUAUAACAUAACAUAUAACAUUUCAUGUUACACUUCAGGUGAAGUUCCCACACUGUACAGUAUAACACUACAUUUCAUGUAACCCACUCGUUAAGGUUCUGACAUUGAACGGUACAACACAGCAUUUCAUGUUACACUCAAUGUAAGGUUUCCACACUGAAAAGCACAACACUACAUCCAUGUAACACUCCCGGUAAUAUUCUGACAUUGACCAUUAUAACACAACAUUUCAUAGAACAUUCCCGAUAAGAUUCUGACAUUGAACAGUACAACACUACAUUCCAUGUUACACUCCAUGUAAGGUUCUGAAAUCUAACAGUACAACACAACACUUCAUGGAACACUCCCGGUAAGGUAUUCACACUGAAAAGCACAACACUACAUCCAUGUAACACUCCCGGUAAUAUUCUGACAUUGACCAUUAUAACACAACAUUUCAUAGAACAUUCCCGAUAAGAUUCUGACAUUAAACAGUACAACACUACAUUUUGUGUAACACUCCUGGCAAGAUUUUGACAUUGAUUAUUACAACACUUAAUGCCAUGUAACACUCCCGGUUAAGUUCCCACACUGAACAGUACAACACAACAUUUCAUGGAACGAUUUCGUUAAGGUCAUGACAUUGAACAUUACAACACAACAUAUUAUAGAACACUCCCGGUAAGGUUCUGUCAUUGAACGGUACAACACUACUAUUCAUGUAAAACUCCAGGUAAGGAGUUUUAUGAAACAUUCCAAGUAAGGUUCUGACAUUGAACAUAACAGCACUUUAUUUCAUGUAAUACUCCCGCGUGUUGUUAUUCUACCAAAAAUAACACUGUUUCGUGACGGAAACUCAUAUUUCAAAAACAUGGCAUAACUACUACCGUUACAAUUCUUGUUGACUUUUCGUUAUGCUUAUUAUGAUUAUGCUUUGAUCAGUUUUAUAUAUAUCGAUCAUAUUUAAUGAAUUCCUAUCUUUAUGUUGAUAGCAUGCUUUUUUGACAUCAUGUGUAUUUUGUUUUUCAAAAGAUGUUCCUCAAUUUAUGUAUUGUUAACAUAUACUUAACGAGAAAACAACGGUUAACAUGUAACAAUGCGAAACACCAGCAAAUCGUUAGUCAUAAAACACAGUUAACAUGUAACAAUGCGAAACACCAGAAAAUCGUUAGUCAUAAAACACAGUUAACAUGUAACAAUGCGACACACCAGAAAAUCGUUAGUCAUAAAACAACGGUUAACAUGUAACAAUGCGAAACACC